AUGCCGCCCAUGUCAGCAAUGUCGGCAGCGACGACAGUGGUGGUUCUGGGCAACGAGCGAGCGCGCCGGAGAGCAAGGCCAUCCACGGCCCAUGCCACAGGCCACAAAAAAGAUCCUAGCGACAUCUUCAUGCAGUUCCAAACGAUGAAGUUUCGGAUGGACAUCCUCCACGAGCGGUUGGAGGUAGAGGAUGGACUCAUUGGCCUCCUGCAGUCGCUUCCGCUCUUCCUGCUGUGUCUGAUCUGCUUCCUUCUGGCUAUCAGCACACUGGCCCCGCCGGCGGAAACAUCGGCGAUCCAUCAGCAUCUCGAGAGCCAUUUCUCGCUGGACACGGUGUAUUCGGUUACCGACCUCACCGGCAUUUAUAGCUUUUUAGAGACCUUCGAAUCGAAGAACCAGGAAUUGAGGCCAACGUCCUCAAGCUUCUGGUGCGAGAGCCGCUACUACUCGUACUCCUGGGAUGACCACUAUUUCGUUCCAACUGCUAGCUGCCAGAGCCCGCGAUUUACCGCGCUGAGUUUACAGGACUCUCCCGAAUGGACGAACACCAGCGACGCCGGGGCCGAUGCCCAGCGUCGCCUCGCGACGAAUUCUUCGGAGGAGACGUCUGCCGCAGAGCCCUCUGCUACGCAUCCAAACCCUGCGUGCGAAGACAACGAUGCGGCGUAUCAGACGGAGGAGAACAACCCCAACGUCACCUGUCACAGCGACGCCCUGCAUGCCUGCCGCACCGAUCUCGGAAUUGUCUUCUGCGCCAAGACCUGCGGCUAUUGCUCGCCGUUUACCUACGAGCCACUGAAACGCUUUGACAAGCCGCAGCUGACGAUGUUGCCCUCCGUCGUCUACCAGUCCCGCCUGGCCACGACCGACUGUCGGGGAUUCGCGUCCUGGUUUCAGACGCAAAACUAUAACCCGGUCCUCUCCCUGAUGCCGGCGCUAGACGGGCAGAAGAACGGCACGCUUUUCACCUGUGUUGACCGGUUGAAGAAGUACGAGGAAGACUAUGCCUUCUACUUAGAGUGCCCGACGAACAUGCCGCCCGCGCGCUGUGCCGAUGGCAGGGUCGGAUUGACCGCGAAGCAGAGUUUCCACGGUACGAGCGUGUAUCCGACGAUGUUAAUCGAAAGUGCCAGGGACCUAGAAGCAAUGCAGAAGGUGGGCUGGAUCGAUGUGCAGACAGAGAAGGUCGCCAUCAGCACGAUGAUCUACACCGAGAAUAUCGAGAUGUUCACCUCCCUCACCGUGGAGUUUGCUUUCGACUAUGCGGGGAACAUUGCGGGCUCUGUGCAGAUGAUCAGCUAUCGAGACCUGGUGCACUCCGCGUCGGACAGUUUCUUUGCCCUUCUGCUGACAACCUGCAUAGCUGCAUCUCUCAGCGUCGUUUCUCUGACGGUGUACCUGAUUCGGCACCCUGAGACCUGUAACUGGGGCCUGGUAAUUUUUGAGAUCUUCUCCCGUGCUCUAUUCCUCAUCUAUCCGUCGAUCCUCCUGGUGACCUGGACACAGCAGGCGUACAUGUCCCAUGAGUUUGAGAGUCUCCUGCAGACCUUUCUCAAUUCGCACGGCUUGAACGAGGAGCACUUGACCAAAAGCCUGGCGAAAUACUUCGAGGGGAAGACGGAAGUGUACGAGGAGGUCGAGUGGCUAGAGACACAUCGGCUGGCAUCCUACAUCAUGCUCUAUGUGCAGUUUCUGCAGGCGGUAUUGUACUUCAGCGCCCAUCCGCAGGUUGCCAUGCUCACCCGCACGGUGAAGAAGGCCCUGUGGAACAUGGUGCACUUCUUCGUGGUCUUUGCCAUCUUGUUCCUGAUGUUGGCGUUUAUGGCCCAUUUUCUUCUCGGUGGGACGGUGCACCUUUUUGGCACCUUCCCGGACGCGUGCGCGACGCAAGUUCGAAUGCUCUUUGGGGAGUUCAUCUUUGUUGAUGGCGCCGAGAAGCUCUCAGGAAGCAUGAGCGUCAUGUACUGGGUCUAUGCUGCAUCCUUCAUGCUGGUCGUGAUCCCAGAGUCGCCUCCUUUUACGGCGCUCCUUGGGUCCGUCUUCCUUUACAACACGCCGCACAUGUGGAGAAUGUACCUAAUGUCAAAGGCCGCCGGAGGCGUGGACAAGAUCAAGAAUGAGAAUCCCAGGGGGCAGAAGGAGGAGAUGACGAAGCACCCAGUCUACGGUGAAGCGAUCGUAAGAGCGGAAGCUGCGCAUCAGAACGGCUUGGAGUCUUUCCCAGUCUUUGCGGCUGGAAUCCUGGGUGCCACUCUGAUGGGUGUGGACAAGGCAACAGUGGGUAAGCUUGCAAGCUUUCACCUCGUGUGCCGGACCGCCUUCAACGCGAUCAUCGUCGAUGCUUUCGUCGAUGUGAAGAGUGAGUGCGAUGAUCUUCAGUGUACACGGAAUGUCUUCGCAGACUUCUGCAGUAUACCCCGAAGCUGGCACCUGCAUCGAAAGUAUCGCUUGCCGGCACGCCAUUCCCUUUGCCACUUCCUUGACGAGGCUUUGGAUGCCUUUGAGGAGGAGAGGGAGAGGGAGAGGAGGCGCCUCUCCAAGGUGUUUUCCGCGCACACGACAGGGAACCUUUGGGUGAUGGUUUAG